AGCUCUCAUCCUGCAAGCAGUGGUAGGAGAUGCAGCCUUCAGAACUGGGGGUCGCACUCUGAGCCCCGCAGGUGCUCCCAAACCAAUGAGGGGGAGGGCGCCCGGCUGGUGACCCCCGCCUGCCUCUCAUGCCAGGCCGGCAGGGCUGGGCACCAUGGCGCAACCUGGCACAGGGACCCUGGUCUUGGCGAAUGGGUGGUGUUUCCCUCCCAAUAAUGUGGCCCGUGUCGUGGUUUGGGAGUGGCUGAAUGAGCAUGGGCGCUGGCGGCCCUACACGGCGGCGGUGUGCCACCACAUUGAGAACGUCCUGAAGGAAGAUGCCCGGGGGAGCGUCGUCUUGGGGCAGGUGGAUGCCCAGCUGUCUCCGUACAUUAUCGACCUGCAGUCGAUGCACCAGUUCCGUCAGGACACAGGGACAAUGCGCCCGGUGCGAAGGAACUUUUACGACCCCUCCUCUGCCCCCGGCAAGGGGGUUGUGUGGGAAUGGGAAAACGACAACAACUCCUGGACUCCGUACGACAUGGACAUCUGCAUCACCAUCCAGAACGCUUACGAGAAGCAGCACCCGUGGCUGGACCUGUCCUCGCUGGGGUUUUGCUACCUGAUCUACUUCAACAGCAUGUCUCAGGUGAACCGCCAGACGCAGAGGAAACGCCGUCUAAGGAGGCGCAUGGACUUGGCUUAUCCUCUCACCAUCGGCUCCAUCCCCAAGUCCCAAUCCUGGCCCGUGGGGACCAAUUCUGGGCACCCUUGUUCGUGUCAGCAGUGCCUGCUGGUUAACAGCACCCGGGCAGCCUCCAACGCCAUCCUGGCCUCCCAGCGCAGGAAGGUGUAUUCCGGGAAUGGGAACGGAUCGCUGGCCGUCCGGCAGAGCAAUACGUUCAACGGAACGGCCAUGUGGUCUCUGGGCACGGUGCAAGCCAGCGGGACGGGCAAGAUCGAGCAGGUCCGUUCCGGCAACGGGGUGCAAGUGGCCACUUUUUCGCGGAGCCAGAGUGCGCCCAGCCACACCCAGCUCCCUGGCCAAAACAACCUGAACCGGCCCGGUACACAGCGAGUGGCCAUCUUGAGUACUCGGGCUUCCAUCCCACCAGGGGUGCCUGCCCUUCCAGUCAAGAACCUGAAUGGGACUGGCCCAGUGCACCCUGCCCUGGCAGGGAUGACAGGCAUCUUGAUGUGUGCAGCAGGCCUGCCUGUCUGCCUCACCCGAGCGCCAAAGCCCAUCCUGCACCCACCACCUGUCAAUAAGAGUGACAUGAAGCCGGUGCCCGGAAUCACCGGUAUCUGCCGGAAGACCAAGAAGAAACAUCUGAAAAAAAGCAAGAACCCUGAAGAUGUAGUGAGACGUUACAUCCAGAAGGUGAAGAACCCCCCAGAUGAGGACUGCACCAUCUGCAUGGAGCGGCUGGUGUCCUCAUCGGGCUACGAGGGGAUCCUUAGGCACAAGGGGGCCAAACCGGAGCUGGUGGGAAAGCUGGGGAAAUGUGGGCAUCUCUACCACCUCCUCUGCCUGGUUGCCAUGUACAACAAUGGCAAUAAGGAUGGCAGUCUGCAAUGCCCCACUUGCAAGGCCAUCUAUGGGGAGAAGACCGGGACUCAGCCCCCUGGGAAGAUGGAGUUCCACAUUAUUCCGCACUCGCUCCCUGGAUACGUGGACUGCAAAACCAUCCGCAUCGUGUAUGACAUUCCUGCAGGGAUCCAGGGUCCGGAGCAUCCAAAUCCUGGGAAGAAGUUUACUGCAAGAGGCUUCCCUCGCCACUGCUACCUUCCUGACAACGAGAAAGGCAGAAAGGUCUUGAAACUCCUGAUUGUGGCCUGGGAACGCCGGCUGAUCUUCACCAUUGGGACAUCCAACACGACAGGCGAAUCCGACACGGUGGUGUGGAACGAGAUCCACCACAAGACCGAAUUUGGGUCCAACCUCACCGGCCACGGCUACCCCGACCCAAACUACCUGGACAACGUCCUGACAGAACUGGUGGCCCAGGGGGUCUUGGAAGCCAACCUGAAGGACUGAAGAGGCAUUGCGGCUGCUCUCUCCCGACCACACUUUUGCCAUGGGCGUUGCGUGGUAGCAAGAACACUGCCUGAGUCCGUCCGUCCGUCUGCGUGUGUGCGUGUGUGCCUGUCUCUGUUGAUCAGCUCUCAACCAGCAUAUCGGAUAAGCCUGGUCUUCAAGACCUCUCAUGUUGCCAGUCUUCACCUCUCCAACCUGGAUCUUCAGCUUAGGUCUUCAGCCGGGUCUUCACUUCUCAUGUUGUUGGUCUUCACAUCUCCAACCAGGUCUUCAGCCUGGCCUUCACAUCUCAUGUUGCUUCUGCUGCCUUGACUAUGGACGAUCUCCACACAGCGAUGCCACACAUGGCCAAAGGAAACCAUGAGGCGCUCCUCUCCUUCCAGGACCAAGGACUGUCUAGAUCGUUCCUAAGUUUCCCCAGUGGAGGAAGACCACCCAAAACUGCGCAAGUGAGCAACUGAAGCAAUCUACUCUUCUUUUUCUUUUAUAUAUGAUAUAUACAUACAUAACACAAACCCCUAUAUAUUCUUGGCAGUCUGCAAUAUUCCUCUUGUCCUGACUGUGUUUGCACAUUACACCAUCCUAUAUUACAUAUCUGCCGCUCUGUAACAGGAUAUCAUAUGUAAUAGAGGAGAUAUAUGAAGCCAAGUGUGGAAGGGUUGGUCCUCCUGCCUGCCCCCUCCCAGGAAAACUCUUGGUUCUUUCUGCAUUGGUGACUCAUUUUGCCUUUGUGAUGCCUUUGCCACUUUGCCAGGAGGCAGUAGGAAGGAAUUCUGGCUUGGGAAGCCAUGGGUUGUUGUAUCCACCUAAGCCCUACUCAGAGUAAACCCAUCGAAAUCAAUGGA